AUUCACAUCCAAGCUUCAAUAUCUUGACAUUUCUAGACAUAUCAAAAGAAAACCAAAGAUGGCUAAUUUCAAGUUCAGCCCCUUCUUUAUAUUAGCCUUACUAUUCAUCUCCUUCACUUUAACCCAAGCCAUCCGCCAGGAGCCAUUCUCCAAGUCUCAGAAUUUUGCUACAGAAAUCCCAGCUGAGGUUGAAAUUCAAUCCGAGAACUGCGACGGAGACGGAAAGGAGGAUUGUUUGAGAAGAAGAACACUUGAAGCUCACCUUGAUUAUAUUUAUACCCAGAAACAUAAUCCAUGAUUAAUCAAUUUUUUGUAUGCUGCUAGGUUUUCUAGCUUAGAAAUUUCAUUAUUUGUCACCUUUUUUUGUAAACCAUUGAUAAUUAAUUUAGUUUAAUUAUUCUAUAAUUUUUUUAAA